AUGGAAGAAGCCAGCCUGUGCCUUGGAGUGUCCGCUGCCACCGCCGCCUCGGCCGACGCCCAGCCCCGCCGGAGCGGCCCGGUCCUCAACGGGCAGUAUGCCAUGAGCCAGAAGCUGCACCACAUCACGGCGCAGCUGGGCCAGGCCUUCCCGGACCUGCACCCGCGGCCGGGCGCCGAGGACAAGCCGCCCGCGCCCCUUGACGACCAGGCGCACGCGGCCCUGGGCGGCGGCCCGGGCCUGGGCGGCCCCAUGGCGCUGCUGGCCGGCCCGCUGGGCCGCGACCUGGACUCCGGCCUCAACGGGCGCGUGGACCUGCAGCAGUUCCUCAACGGCCAGAACCUGGGCAUCAUGUCGCAGAUGAGCGACAUUGAGGAGGACGCGCGCAAGAACCGCAAGUACCCGUGCCCGCUGUGCGGCAAGCGCUUCCGCUUCAACAGCAUCCUCUCGCUGCACAUGCGCACGCACACGGGCGAGAAGCCCUUCAAGUGCCCCUACUGCGACCACCGCGCCGCGCAGAAGGGCAACCUCAAGAUCCACCUGCGCACCCACAAGCUGGGCAACCUGGGCAAGGGGCGCGGGCGCGUGCGCGAGGAGAACCGCCUGCUGCAUGAGCUGGAGGAGCGUGCCAUCCUGCGCGACCGGCAGCUGCGGAGCAGCCUGGCGCCCGCGCGCCCGGACCUCAAGCCCCCGCCGCCCCACGGACACGGACACGCGCACACGCAGCCCGCGCCCCCCGCCGCCGCCGCCGCCGCCGCCGCCGCCCCCGCCCCCGGGGCGCCCGACGCCGCCCGCCCCGCGCCCUCGCCCAAGCCGGCCGCGGGCGGAGGGGGGGGCGCGCAGGAGGAGGCCGUGGCCCCCGCCGCCGGCUUCCGCUGCACCUUCUGCAAGGGCAAGUUCAAGAAGCGCGAGGAGCUGGAGCGCCACAUCCGCAUCCUGCACAAGCCCUACAAGUGCACGCUGUGCGACUUCGCCGCCUCGCAGGAGGAGGAGCUCAUCGGCCACGUGGAGAAGGCGCACAUCACGGCCGAGGCGGCGCAGGGCGCGGGCGGCGCGGGCGGCGGCGGGCAGGCGGCGCACGAGUUCCGCUGCGAGGUGUGCGGGCAGGUGUUCAGCCAGGCCUGGUUCCUCAAGGGCCACAUGCGCAAGCACAAGGACUCCUUCGAGCACUGCUGCCAGAUCUGCGGCCGCCGCUUCAAGGAGCCCUGGUUCCUCAAGAACCACAUGAAGGUGCACCUCAACAAGCUGUCCGCCAAGGCCAAGGCCCCCGGCGAGCCCGCCGCCGCCGCCGACGCGCCCGCGGCCCUGGGCGGGCUGGCGCCCGAGGCCCACGCCAACCUCUACUCGCGCUACCUGUCCUGCCUGCAGGGCGGCUUCCUGGGCCCGGACAAGGCCGGCCUGGGCGAGCCGGGCGGCCAGGGCCCGCUCUACAAGGCCGAGCUGCCCCCGAAGGACAAGGACGUGCUGGGCAAGCUGCUGGCGCCCAUGGCGGGCGGCGGGGCGCACGGGGCCGCCCCCGACGGGGACAAGCACGCGCUCCUCGGCUGCCUCAGCCUGGUGCCGCCGCUCAAAUCCAGCUGCAUCGAGCGGCUGCAGGCGGCGGCCAAGGCGGCCGAGAUGGACCCGGUGCACAGCUACCAGGCCUGGCAGCUCAUGGCGCGCGGCGUGGCGGCCGAGCGCGGCUUCCUGCCCAAGGAGCCCCCGCUGCCGCGCGGCCCCGAGGAGGCGCUGGCGCCCGCGGGCGUGCUCUUCGACAGGGACAAGCGCGAGUACGUGCUGGUGGGCGCCGACGGCUCCCGGCAGAAGGUGCCCGCCGACCUGCUCCCCGGCGCCAAGGCGGCCGGCCCGCGGGACCUGCCGGCCAAGCUGGACCCGCUGGAGGGCGCCCGGGAGUUCCUGGCGCACGGGCUGGGCCAGGCGCUGGACUACCACCUGCAGGGCCCGGGCGGCCUCAAGGACAAGCCCACCGAGUGCCCCGACUGCGGCCGCGUGUUCCGCACCUACCACCAGGUGGUGGUGCACUCGCGCGUGCACAAGCGGGACCGCAGGGCGGAGGAGGACGGGCCGCACGCGGGCCUGGAGGAGCGGCGUGGCUCUGGCAGCGACCAGGAGUCCCAGUCGGUGAGCCGCUCCACCACGCCCGGCUCCUCCAACGUCACCGAGGAGAGCGGGGCCGGCGGGGGCCUCUCGCAGACCGGCAGCGCCCAGGAGGACAGCCCGCACCCCUCCUCGCCGUCCUCCUCAGACCUCGGCGAGGAGGCGGGGAGAGCGGCCGGUGUGCAGCCGCCCGCGCUGCUGCGGGACCGGAGCCUGGGCUCGGCCAUGAAGGACUGUCCGUACUGCGGGAAGACCUUCCGCACGUCCCACCACCUGAAGGUGCACCUGCGGAUCCACACAGGUGAGAAGCCCUACAAGUGCCCGCACUGCGACUACGCGGGCACCCAGUCCGCCUCCCUGAAGUACCACCUGGAGCGGCACCACCGGGAGCGGCAGAACGGGGCGGGGCCCCUGUCCGGCCCGCCCGCCGGCCCGGACCCCCGCGACGAGCCGUCCAGCAGGGCCGCGCUGUUCCUCAGGCCCGACGUCCUGAGGGGCGCCUUCAAGGGCCUCCCCGGCGUGGACUUCCGCGGGGGCCCCGCCGCCCCGCCGUGGCCGGCCGGAGCGCUCUCGUCCGGGGACCACCCCGGCCCGGCCGGCGGCAGCGUGUCUUCCUCCUCGGAGGCCCCGUCCGACGCCCCGAAAGGCACCGACCUUCCCGCCAAGGGCGCCCCCUUCUCCGAGGCCGGCAGAGCCUACCAGGGCCUGGCGGGCAACGGCGUGAGCUUCCAGGGCUCCCUGCAGGCCUUCAUGGACAGCUUCGUGCUCAGCUCCCUGCGCAGGGAGAGGGCCGCCAAGGACAAGGCCCCGCCGGACGCCCCGUCCGCCAGAGCCCGCGGGGCGGACGGCGGCGGCGAGGACAGGGCCGGCGGGAAGGCGCCCCCCCGGAGGCCGGAGAAGUCCCAGUACGAGCCCCUGGACCUGUCGGUGCGGCCGGACGCCCCCGCCCUGCCCGGCUCCCAGGUGACGGUGCGGGACAGCGUGGCGUGGCACGGCUGCCUGUUCUGCGCCUUCACCACGUCCUCCGUGGAGCUCAUGGCGCUGCACCUGCAGGCCAACCACCUGGGCCGGGCCAGGCGCAGGGACCCCGCCGCGGGCGUGGCGGGCCACGGCAAGGAGCAGGCGCGGGAGGCGGGCAAGGAGGCGGCCCUGGCCUCCCUGGUGGGGCCUCUGGACGCGGCUCCCGAGAAGACGGCCCCGGGACCGCCCACGGAGACCCUGGGCGAGCCGAGCAGCGGCCCGUGGCCCGGCCACGUGGACGCCACGUUCUGCAGCUUCCCGUCCGACUUCUACAAGCAGUUCGGCGUGUACCCUGGCGGCGCCGGGAGCUCGGGAGCCGCCAGCUCCUGCCCCGGCAAAGGGCCCGAGGGCAAGGCCCCCCCGGAGGACGACGCCCCCAUCGUGAUCCCCGACGCCGCGGACAAGAGCGCGGCCGACGGCCUGUCCGACGCCGCCUCCUCCGAGGACGUGGACUCCGCCAGGGGCGACGACGAGGACGACGAGGUCGACACAGAGCCCGAGGCGGCGAGGAAGCCGCCCGCGGCCCCCGGCAAGGACGGCGGCGGUGGCGGCGACGGCGGGGACGGCCUGCUGCUCACGGGCGCCCCGCAGCCCGCCCCCGCCCAGGCACUGGCGUCGGAGAAGCCGUGGCACAGCCCCGGCCUCCUCCCGGCCCCGGAGAAGCCGGUGAACAUGCUGUCGGUGCUCAGGGCCUACAGCGCCGAGGGCCUGGCCGCCUUCAACGGGCUCGCCGGGGGCGCCGCCGGCUCGGGAUGCGCCAAGAGGCCGGACGUGUGCGGUAAGUGA